UGUGCCCCAGGAGCUUCAUCGCCUCCCCUUUUCCUGUCCAUUAUCUAAAUUUCUGAUUAAAGAAUUGCAAGAAUCAUCUUCCAAGAAGACUAAUGUACUGAAACAACAAGACUUUCUGAUUCCUGUUUCUUUGUUUCUCUGAGUGUGUGCUUUUGUGCGUGAAAAAGUAUGGACUCGAGAACCCAUCUUGAUUAUGUUCUGUUUCAGCUUACACCGACUAGAACCAGGUGUGAUCUUGUAAUUUUUGCUGGUAACAAGAAUGAGAAAUUAGCUUCUGGGCUGCUGGAACCAUUUCUUUCUCAUCUCAAAUCUGCAAAAGAUCAGAUUUCUAAAGGGGGUUAUUCCAUUACUCUUCGGCCUACGUCCAAUAACGCCUCUUGGUUCACUAAAGCCACUCUGGAAAGGUUCGUGAGGUUUGUUAGUACUCCAGAAGUUCUUGAGAGAUUCGUGACUAUUGAGAGGGAGAUCACGCAGAUUGAGGACUCAAUUCUGUUGAAUGAACAAGCAAAUGGGCAGAUUGAUGCUGACGCAGGAAACAUGUCCUUGGCUGUUGCGAAUACAAAAGGUUCAGCUGCUCAAGCUAAGGUCGAGUCGAGUGGAAAUGGAGAUGCCACACAAGAAGAGAAUUCCAAGGUUCAACUUUUGCGUGCCUUGGAAACUCGGAGGGCUGUACUAAGGAAAGAGCAAGCAAUGGCUUAUGCUCGUGCUUUGGUAGCAGGAUUCGAGAUGGAUUACAUAGAUGAUCUGAUAUCAUUCAGCGAUGCAUUUGGAGCUAAUCGUUUAAGGGAAGCAUGUAACAAUUUCAUGGAAUUGUGCAAUAAAAAGAGUGACGAUAGAAUCUGGAUGGAUGAAGUGGCAGCAAUGCAGGCCUUCUCUCCAGAAUUUUCUUACUUGGGAACAUCUGGAAUCAUCAUUGCUGGUGAAGGUAAUGAUGGUGGUCUCUCCAGCAGACAACCGAAUGGGCAAGUAGAUGCACCAGCAUCUGACUCAACCACAAGUCCUGGAAGUUUAGAGACUAAUCCUGAUAAUGGCUUGCCAAAAGCAACUUUUGCACAAUCAUCUCAAGUACCACCAUGGGCACAGUACAUGCAUAAUUUUCAAGGUCCUGCAUUCCAACAGUUUCCCCCAUAUCAAGGCUACUUCUAUCCCGGAAUGCAGGUUCCCCCGUCAUAUUUUCCAGGAAAUGGACCAUGGCCUUCAGGUACUGAAGAAUCUGGUUUGGGCCAUCAUGCGGAUGAUGAUCGGAAAAGUAAAUCUGUUUCCAAGAACAAGGACAAAUUUUCAAAUAGAAGAAAAGAGCGUACAUCUAAACAUAGUGAUAGCAAUGAGCCUAGUUACUCCAGCUCAGCAAGUGAUUCAGAGGACUAUGAGGAUGAUGGAAAAAGGCAUUCCUUGGAUCAGUUGCCUAAGAAGUCUGGAAAAAGUUCUUCGCGGAAGGUUGUUUUCCGCAACAUAAACUACAUUACUUCCAAAAGAAGUGGAGAAAGAGAGAGCAAUUCUGAAGUUGAUUCGUCAGAUGAGGAUGGAUUCAUAGAUGCUAAUUCCCUUAAACAGCAGGUGGAUGAAGCUCUUGGAUCAUUCGAUAAACGGCACAAAUCAACAUCAGGCAAGAACAGAAAACGGGAUGGAAUCAAAAAACACAUCAAUGAAACAGAUGGUCUUGCUAAUAGGGACAUUGAAAAUAUAUCCGCAGCCAUAACUGACGGAGAAAAGAAAACUCAGGAGUGGGAUGUUUUCCAGAGUCUUCUUAUGAAGGAUGCAGACUCAGAUUCAAGAGCGAUUGACACUAGCCAAAGCACCGGAGAAUAUCACGAGUAUAUGACCAACAAGUUCUCAGGGGGACAAAAAUUUUCGUCCUUUAGUGUGGAAGCAGAGGAUGUGCCAAGAAAUCGUGGUAUUGCAACAGAUGCUUUUCUGUUGGGAAAAAGGUCUGUAGCUGAUGAGGGUAUACCAAAUAUGGCAAAUUUUGAUGCUGGGGAAAAUGUCCGUGCUGUAGUAAAGAGAGGAACUGCAGAUGAGGAAUUAUUACUGUCACAGAGAUUUGUAGGUUCAGAAGCACAUCGCCAAGCUACUUUGUCUGACUGGGGAACUGAAUCAUCCAUCAUGAAGAGCCAAAGAGAAGAAAACUGGUUUGUUGGCAAUCGACCAGAUAUAUCUGGAGAUCACGCGAUGUUUAAUGGUCAAAAUACUCCUGCCUACGGUGUUGAGCCUUUGCAGAUUAAGGAAAGCAAUAAAGAUGUUCUCGUUGACGACUCAUUCAUGAUUCAAGCUGGGCCAGUUGGUGGGCCAUCCAUUGACGAACAAAAGACUGAUAUUUUUCUGGAAGCAGAUAUAGCUGGUGCACACCAACAUGAUACUAGCAGACCUGAUGAUGCACAAGAUAAGAUCAGAACUAAUAAUGGUUAUGAACCAGAUGAUCUCUAUAUGGUGCUUGGACGGCAUUCGGUAGCUGAGCAAGUUGCUGCCCCUUGGAAUCCAGAGAUGGACUACAAUGAGAAUUCAUUAGCUGAAGCUGUGAAACAACAGUCUGAUGUUGAAACAAACGAUUCUAUUGAUGUUAAGAAGCUCCAAAAUGUUAAAUCAACUAACACCACUGCUGGUAAGUCUCAAGUCAAGUCUAAAACCACAGCUGGAUUACUAAGUAGGAGCAGAUCGGAAUUGUUAUCAAAAUCUGGGAACACUCCUUCCAGAAGCAAAACAAUGGUUCACAGGAGCAAAACUGAUCAGGAAGAAGAGAAUAGAAAGAAGAUGGAAGAAUUACGCAUUCAGCGCCAAAAACGAAUUGCUGAAAGAAGUGCCACCAAGGCGUCCCCUGCAGUAACUUCAAGGAUGACCACAAAGGAGAACAAGAAAGCCACAUUGUCUGCAAAUAAUGGGGAGACUAAGGUGCAGGCUUCAACUCAGGAGACAACAAAAUUACACAAGCCUGUUUUCAGGAGUUCCACGAUAGAUCGCCUAUCUGCUGCUCGGACAAGUGAUCUGCGGUCAUCAAGUGAAUCAAAAGCAGGCCAAACUAAAAAAGCAACGAUGAAGGACAGUGGACCUCAGAACAAGAAGGUAAAUCAAGAAAAGUUGAUAUUCUCAGAUAAGAAAACUGGUGCAAAGGAUUCCAAUAAAUAUUCUUCUAUUUCUGAUGCUCCUGGAAGUGAUGAUAUGGCAGCAGUGAAAUCAUUGCAAAACAAGCAAAGCAGGCCGAAAGCUACACCAGGUGGUUUGCGCGAGGAAGCUGAAGAUAUUAAGGAGUUGCACAGUAUUUCUUCAAUUGAUAAAACUGAAAGAGAAAGAGACUUGCCAGUGCCGAUUGAAAAUCAUUCUGCUCAAACAGAACCCUUGAGUGUUAAUGUUGAGGAUACAACCAAGGCAUCUCUGGUGACCAACGAUUAUACUGGAUCAAAGCCUGAAAUGAGCGGUUAUGAACUACCUUCCACUGCUUCAGACGUUAUUGAGGAUAUUAUGGUGAGUGAAAAUUUUCCUGUCUUGCCCAAGGUUUCUGUGUCUGAAGUCUCAACCCCACCACAGAAAUGUGACACAAGCCCUGAAUACCACAGCCGUAAAAAGUGGAACAAUGGUGAAACCUCCCCUAAAAUCUCCAAGGGAUUCAGAAAGCUUCUAUUGUUUGGUCGGAAAAGCUGAAAGCCUCCCGGAAUUGUUCCGACCGUACGCUAGUCCAAAUUCUUUUAUUUGAUUUGUGAAGCAGUUGAUUAUUAAUUGAAAUUUUUGUGUGCCAGGUAGAUAAAGAAAUGAAAUGAUUUCGAUUCAAUAAGGCCUUGGGUUUUGUUGCCAAAUGAAUAUACAUCUAAACAGGUUAUCUACAAUUCCUAUAGAAGAAAUGUAAGAGAGUAUUCUUUGUUUCA